GGAAUUGGAGCAGGGUUACAGAGAAACAAACGAUUUGAGAUUCAUUUUUUUUGUCUCAAAAUGUCCUUACUGACAAAAAAACAGAGUCUAUAGCCUAUAUAAAAGCAUUGCACGUAGUGAAUUCCACGUUUCCUUUUGUCUUAUGCUUGCGCUCACAUUUGUGAAGACCAGGUUUCGGCUAUAGUUAGAUUUGGAUGAACGUAUAGGCAACCAGUCACUGGUUAGAUAAUAGUCUAAUAAGAAAGAUCAAGAAAUGUACAAAAAUAUAUAUUGUUUUGGUAAAGGCGAUAGAAGGAAACAGACAAAGAAAGUCGGGCACAUGCCUUUCCUCCAAUGGCCCCUUUUAGGUGUGACAGAAACAAAGGACGUGGACAAACUCGCAUCAGCACCAGUGAACACCCAGUCCCCUAAACAAGAUUGUCUCCAGCUUUUGCAAUAUGCAAUAUGCUGCAUAUUUACAUUCCUUCUGGCGUCAGUACAUGGGAGUGUUUUAGAGCUGACUGGUCACAACAAAACCGGUCCAAAAGGCAUCGGAAGACAGGCGUCAAGUCUCACCAAGAAAAUACUUGCCACUAAGAGGGAAGAGAAAUAUACGAGCGCUGUGAAAAUAACUGUAAGAAAGCUAAAAGUGGAGAGUGUGAAGUGGACUACGCAGAACACCGAAAAGAUUCCAGAGGCGAAUGACCAUUGAAGGACCCUCUCCAUGGAUAUAGACACAGACUAUGAAAGGCCCAAUGUGGAAACUAUUAAAUGUGUGGUGGUAGGGGACAAUGCAGUGGGCAAAACCAGGCUCAUCUGUGCCCGCGCCUGCAAUGCUACCCUCACACAGUACCAGCUGCUCGCCACCCACGUGCCAACCGUCUGGGCCAUCGACCAGUACCGCGUGUGCCAGGAGGUGUUGGAGAGAUCUAGGGAUGUGGUGGAUGAGGUCAGUGUCUCCCUAAGACUAUGGGACACCUUCGGUGACCAUCACAAAGACAGACGCUUCGCUUAUGGCAGGUCUGACGUGGUAGUGCUGUGUUUCUCCCUGGCCAACCCCAACUCCCUGCGUCACGUCCGCACCAUGUGGUACCCUGAGAUCAAGCACUUCUGCCCCCGCACCCCUAUCAUCCUGGUGGGCUGCCAGCUGGACCUGCGCUACGCCGACCUGGAGGCUGUGAACCGCGCCCGCAGACCCCUGGCCAAACCCAUCAAGCCCACAGACAUCCUGCCUCCAGAGAGAGGGCACGAGGUGGCCAAGGAGCUGGGCAUUCCAUACUACGAGACCAGCAUCGUGGCCCAGUUUGGGGUCAAGGAUGUGUUCGACAACGCCAUCCGUUCCGCUCUCAUCUCCCGCCGUCACCUCCAGUUCUGGAAGUCCCACCUGAAGAGAGUCCAGCGGCCCCUCCUCCAGGCCCCCUUCCUGCCCCCCCGGCCCCCGCGCCCUGUGGUGGGCAUCCCCGACCCCCCUCCCAUCGACGGAGAAGCCCCCGACUCCCUCCUAUGCCAGCCGCUAUGCGCCGAUGUCCUCUUCCUACUCCAAGGCGGCGCCACGCGUGUCUUCGCACACAAAGUCUACCUGGCCACCUCCUGCUCCAAGUUCUACGACCUCUUCACCCUGGAUCUGCUGGCCAUCGAGGCGGAUUGGGAGGGAGAUGAGCGCGCCGAGAGCGGUGAGGAGGAUGAACAGAGUAGGAGAGGUGCCAAAGAGCAGGCAGGGCGUACUAAGAGCUUGGACAUCGAUAAUGAUGGGGAGGGUGGAGCCAGGGGAAUCAAACGGCCACCCAUGCUCCAGCAGGGCUCCCUGAGGACUUCCAAAAGUGAUAACGCCCUCCCCGCCAGGAGCCAGUGCUCCGUGGGGCCCCUGGGGGCCGGCCGUGGCCUUUCAGGCUGGGGGAGGGGCUUCCUGAGUGUGUACCUGGAGCACGUAGCUGACCCCGAGACGGGGCGACCCCGCCUCAUGACCGUGGUCUCCAUGGACGGUCUCAUACAGGAAGAACCCUUCCAGGCGGUGCUGCAGUACCUGUACACAGGCAGUUUGGAUGAGGGCCGUGGGGAUCUGAUGCAGGUGGCCACCAUUGCUGAGCUGCUGGAGGUGUUUGACCUGAGGAUGAUGGUGGCCAAUGUGCUGAAUCGUGAGAGCUUCAUGAAUCAGGAGAUCACCAAGGCCUUCCACGUCCGCCGAGCCAACCGCAUCAAAGAGUGCCUUAGCAAGGGCACCUUCGCUGAUGUGGUGUUCUGCCUGGACGAUGGCUACCUGCCGGCCCACAAGCCUCUGCUCAUCUCCAGCUGUGACUGGAUGGCCGCUAUGUUCCGCGGAUCCUUCAUGGAGAGCUACAUCAAGGAGGUGUCCAUCCCUGACACCAGUAGUGCCUGUAUGCGUGCGGUGUUGGAGUUCCUAUACUGUGGGCUGGUGACGGCCUGUCCUGACUGGGAGCCUAUUGAGCUCAUCGUCCUAUCCAACCGGCUGUGUCUGCCACGCCUCGUUGCCCUCACAGAGCAGCAUGUUGUGGAUGAGCUGCUCCAGUGUUUGGUGAAGGGAGUAGACAUUGACGGACAGGUGCUUGCUUACCUGGAGUUGGCUCAGUUCCACAAUGCCAAGCAGCUUUAUGCCUGGUGUCUCCAUCACAUCUGCACCAACUACAACAGCGUUUGUCGCAAGUUCCCCAAAGACAUGAAGGUCAUGUCUCCAGAGAACCAGAGGCACUUUGAGAAGCAGAGGUGGCCUCCAGUGUGGUUCCUGAAGGAGGAGGAUCGCUACCUGCGCUCUCAGAAGGAGCGCCAGCGGGAGGAAGAGAUCCUCCGUAAGCAGCACACCAAGAGGGGCUGGUGCUUCUGGAGACACCCGUCCUCCUCACCCCACGUCUCCUGAGGCUGUCGCCCCUCCAUGACCCCUCCUAACCUCAGACUGAGGAGGCCAUGAGCCUACCACCCCUCCAUAACGGGAGAGCCAAGUCUCACCUCUGUAUGAUUGUCUGUGGUUGUACUGGGGACCAGAAGUCCUCACAAGGACCAUUUGGACAACUGGGGACAUUUUGCCAGUCCCCACAAAGAAAAGGGCUAUUUUAAGCUUAGGGGUUAGGUUUAGAGUUACAAUUGGGGUUCAGGUUAGAAUGAAGGUUAGGAGUUAGGUUUAUUUUUAGGGUUUGGGGUUAAGGUUAGGGUAAGUUUUGGGUUAGGGAAAAUAGGAUUUUGAAUGGGAAUAAAUGUGUUGGUCCACACAAAGUUAGUAAAACAAACGUGUGUGUGUGUGUGUGUGUGUGUGUGUGCACGUAUGUGCGGGGUUCUCCACCCCCACAGCUGUAGGUCAGGCGUGGGCAAUUUUCUAUACCCCAGCUGGCCGCUUCUUGCCGGGCCGCAGUCCAGUGCUGCCUCUUCCCCCUGAGCUCCACCCAGCCACCAACCGGGGGUGAUGGGACUGGGAACAAGGGCUCUCUCUGUCUCUCAGUCACACAGAUGCUAAAGACCAUUCCACAGACCACUGCGAAGACUCCCCUAUGGGGAGGUUACCUCUGCCUUCAAGUCUAUUCAGACUGUUAGAAUACAGGACCAGACCGUUAGCCAGAGGUGCUGGUCCAACACACCAGGAGGAACGUUUCUGUUUGGUUUUCUUUCGCUGUGAGGUCUGGUCAGGGGUAAUGACACACACCACCCAAAGACACACGCAGUGUUGAAGACCCUGAUGACCAAAAUGGCGGCAGGGAUUUCAAAUUAGAGUAGAGCCGAUCCCAGACCUGGGUGUUUUGCUUCAGAGUCUCUGACCACCACUUAUGCCUGUCUAACUUCUCAUCCAUAGACUUUGUCCUCCAUUUUGGAAAAGUUUGACACCAUUUUGUUUUCUUUCGGGUCUCAUCCCAGUGAAGCUCUGUGUUGGAGGUUUGAAUCCCAAAUGUUGUCCUAGGGUACCUAGACUGUUCUAGAAUCACCUGUCUCAAAGGGAGGGGGAAUAAAGGGGGUAGUCUAGGUUUAGGAACCUGCUCCAGCCCAGCAGAUGGCUGGUGGUUCAAGCACGCAUCAUGACCCCCCCCAACCCCCACAUAACACUAAGAGGAGAGGCCAACAGUGCUGAACAAACUGACCAAAUCCCCCUCAAAGACAUUCAAAGUGAACACUUGAUAGCAAUUCUGGAUCAGAGGGCUAUUUGAUACCACUGCCAUGGGAGGGAGUAAGAAGCAGAACUGAACAGAGUUUUUGCUCUGCCUUGAUUGACCACUAGGGUACCCCUCAGCCAGCCUGCCUUUACUCAUCCUUACCACAGGGGGCAGCACUGCUCAGGGUACCAUCAUCAACCGUCACCCGGAGCAAACAGGAGUUUUCUCCCCUACCUGUUUAUAUCCUUGAUUCCAGUAGCUUUUGACUUUUUUAUUUUAUUCCAGUUGUAUUUGAAAGGCAACUUUAGCUGUUUGUCCUCACAUAGUGUUGAAAGGUAUUAUACCAAAAAUGAAGCUGUGACAUGUUCUCUCCCUCCUGUCUCCUCUCCUCCUCCGUAACAUGGCAAAUAUGGGAGGAAAGGAAAAAGGGAUUAGGAAAGGAGGAAUAAUCUUUUGAUCCCUGUCUGUGUGUCUUUAAAGCUGCAGUGUCAGGUAAAACCCAAGUGUCACUGCAGCACAUUGUCUUUCACUCCUCUAGCUGGAAUUGAAAACGGUGCUCAAUAUGUCUACUAAAAGACACUAUGACACACACACACACACUUACAUACACACACACACACAAACACUUAAGCAUACACACACACACACACACUUAAACAUACAUGCUCACCUUGUUCCUUUUCUGUCCACUAAUUUUGAAAUGUCAGCCCAGUCCUUCAUCAGUGUUAAUAUGCAGGAACCGGAUCUACAAAGAUAAUGUUACAUUCACAUCUGAUGCACAAGUGUCCUAUGAACGGUUUAGGAUCUCUUGGAAAAGCUUGAGGGGUUUUGGGUUAUUUUUCCUUAUCCAAAGGUGUGUGGCACUCUAAUAGGCGUUGUGUUAGUGAAUAUAUUCAGAGUAUUAUUCAUUUCAAUGAUGGUCGUUUCAGUAUGAGUAGAGUUGAAUCUUAACAUUAAGUUAAAUACAUCAUUUGCAAUACAGUAUUAGACCAAAUAUUGGACUUGCUUUUAGUUCCAGGGUGCAGUUUUAUUUAUUUGUGAGGGAGUGUGAUGUUUCAAUCAGUUGUUAACAAAGAGGAUGCAGUUCCAGCUUUUAGUUGAAUGCUAUUGGAGUUGGAUGUUGAACUGCUGAGGAACUCUUCCUAACCCACUGCACCUUUAAGAUCUCCGUGAAUCCACCACAGUGUAUCAGAACAGGCGUGUUAUUUUCUUCUCUUUAGGAGUGAAUGUGGGGGAAAAACAAUACUUUUUGACACGUUUUUUAUGAAGCACUGUUGUUCUAUUUGUGGCUUUGAGAUUUCCUGUAACAUUUCCGUCAUAUAAUAGGGGCUCUUAUCCAGAGCGAAUAGGGUUCAAUUCUUUGCUCAAGGGCACAUAGGCAAAUUUGU